GAACCACCCGCACUUGGCUCCGGAAACGGUGGUUGGCGGAGGAGGCGUGGCGGGCGGCGGAGGAGAGGGGGGCGGCGGGGACGGGGGAGGGGGAGACGGUGGGGGUGGGCGGGGUGGGGGAGGAGAGGGGGGUGGAGGAGAGGGAGGAGGCGAGGGAGGAGGCGAGGGGGGAGGAGAGGGAGGAGGGUUGGGGGGAGGAGAUGGAGGAGGGGAGGGAGGAGGGUUGGGGGGAGGAGAGGGUGGGGGUUUGGGAGGAGAAGGAGGAGGGGAGGGAGGAGGAGAGGGAGGAGGGUUGGGGGGAGAGGGAGGAGGAGACGGAGGAGGGGAGGGAGGAGGAGAGGGAGGGGGGGAAGGAGGGGGGGAGGGAGGGGGGAAAGGAGGGGGGAAGGGAGGAGGAGAGGGAGGGGGGGAAGGAGGGGGGAAGGGAGGGGGGGAAGGAGGGGGGAAGGGAGGGGGGGAAUCCGGAGGUGGGGGAGGGGGAGAGCGGAGGGGGGUUGGGGGGAGGAGCGGAUGGGGAAGGAGCGGAGGGGGGAGGAGCGGAGGGGGGAGGAGCGGAGGGGGGAGGAGCGGAGGGGGGAGGAGUGGAGGGCGGAGGAGCAGAGGGGGGAGGAGUGGAGGGGGGAGGAGCGGAGAGGGGAGGAGUGGAGGGGGGAGGAGUGGAGGGUGAAGGAGCGGAGGAGGGAGAAGCGGAGGGGGAAGGAGCAGAGGGGGAAGGAGCGGAGGGGGAAGGAGCGGAGGGAGGAGGAGCGGAGGGGGCAGGGGAACUUUCUGAGGGAGGGGAGGAGGAAGGAGGGGAAAGCGGAGGGAAUGGGGGAGGGGCGCUAUCAGGGGGAGGAGCGGGCGCAGGGGUUGGGGCAGCUGCUGUUUCAACUUUCACCGAGUCAGUUGGGGGCGUUGGUGGGGGAGGGGAAGGCGGGGGCGGGGAAGGUGGGGGCGGGGAAGGUGGGGGCGGGGAAGGUGGGGGCGGGGAAGGUGGGGGAGGGGAAGGCGGGGAGGGGGGAGGAGUGGAGGGGCGAGGUGAGCGGGGAGGCGGUAGGGGGGGUGUGGGGGGAGGGGGUGGGCGGGGGGGAGGAGGCGAAGGAGAGGGUUUCUCUGCAGUUUGGAAGGGAGGGGAACAGGAAGGAGUAAGAAAA